UUAGUUCUUGUCCACCAUUUGUAAUCUACGGUUUGUUCGCGCUCUCGGCAAAGCAUUUUUAUCGUUUGAUUUAGCGAACAUUCGAGUUUCCAAAGUUAUUCACUAUUCGUAAAACAAUGGAUCGUCAACUGUUAAGCGCUGAUCACAGUGACCUGAACUUGCUCGGUUACGAGGACAUAGUCGAAUGCCCUUACAAUCGAGCCCACCAGAUUAUGUCCUUUCGAAUGCAGACUCAUCUGUACAAGUGCCGUAAAAACCAUAAGGAUCUUAAGUAUGUUAAAUGCCCUUUCAAUGAGACCCACGACAUGCCCGCGCAGGAGCUCAAGUAUCAUACAUCUGUUUGUCCUGAUCGCGAAGCUUUUGAUCGCUAUAAAUAUUGCAUCUCCACAUCAGCGGCAACGUUCGCCCCGGAAGUUGCUGAAAGGUCCAAACCAGCCACAGAGCACUCAUAUAAUCCGAAUUAUGACAUGGGUGAAGAAUCUUGGGAUGGGGAUUGUAAAGUCAGAGCAUACAAUCCGGGAGCUUAUGCGCGUCGAUCAAAUGUCAUUAGAAGAUGCACUGGGAUGGCGCCUUCGGAAAAGAAAGCCUUCAAGGAAGCUGAACGUCAGCGCUUACAGGAAAUGGGCCGCAUCGUCAUACCCCAACAGACCGAGUGAGUGGAAUAUUGAGCUAGGUGACAAUAGGUUUGUUCCAGUGCCUAUUGCGACAAAAUCACCCUACUUAUUGCCACUAGGCAAUAAGCGAAUACAACACAAUUCAAUUUUCUCGGAGUCCU